AUGGAUGUAACCGCUGCUUUUCUAAAUGGAGAAUUAGAAGAUGAAGUGUAUAUGAAACAGCCCGAAGGUUUUGAAGUUAAAGGGAAGGAACAUCUGGUUUGUAAGCUAAACAAGAGUCUGUAUGGGUUAAAGCAAUCUUCCAGAUGUUGGAAUUCUGUAUUGGAUGAGCAUUUAAAACCGAUCGGUUUUACUCAAACGGAAAGUGAUCCCUGUAUUUAUGUGAAAGAAGAGGACGGUGAUAUUUUUGUUGUUGCUAUUCACGUUGAUGAUAUCAUCCUUGCAGGUAAAACUGAUGAGAAAAUUGCCAAAGUCAAAGAAAGCAUUGCAGAAAGAUUCCAAGUAAAAGAUAUGCGUGAGCUCAAAUAUAUUCUUGGUCUACAAGUGAUUCAAGAGGAUGGUAAGGUGUGGAUUAGUCAACCUACCUACACGGCGAGCAUCAUAAAGAAGUAUGGUAUGGAAAAUUGUAAGCCAGUUGAAACUCCUGUUGAUUUAAGUUCAAAGCUUGUUAGUGCUAUGGAAGACAGUGAACGUACUGUUCAACAAAGAAGAGUAUCAGUCAGCAGUUGGGAGUUUGUUGUAUUUAUCAUCGGCAACACGACCUGACAUAACAUUUGCAGUUAACAAUGUUGCUAAGUUUUCUGCAAAUCCUACGAAUGAACAUUGGACUGCUGUAAAACGAAUUUUCCGAUACCUGAAAGGAACUGUGAACUAUGGACUACUUUACUCAGAGAAUGCUAAUCCAGAUUGUGUUGGAUUUUCAGAUGCGGACUGGGCAGGUGAUUUAAAUGACCGGAAAUCGACUUCUGGUUAUACAUUUCAAAUAAAUGGUGCUGCUGUUAGCUGGCGAAGCAAAAAGCAAACUUGUGUAGCAUUAUCAACAGCUGAAGCUGAAUACGUUGCUUUAUCUGCAGCUGCUCAAGAGGCAUUGUGGAUGCGACAAUUGUUGACAGAUCUUAAUGUAAACAUUGAUGAACCAAUGACCAUUUACGAGGACAAUCAGUCAGCUAUUGCUAUGUCCAAGAACCCACAAUUUCAUGGACGAUCUAAACACAUAGACAUCAAAUAUCAUUUUGUACGAGAUCAAGUAGAAAAGAAAACAUUAACUGUUCUUUACUGUCCAACAGGUAGCAUGUUAGCUGAUUUAUUCACGAAGGGUAUUCCAAAGGAACAAUUUAAGAAACUGCGUGAACUAACAGGUGUUGCAAUAAAACCUAAGUAG